GUCCAAACAAGCCCCCUCUCCUUCCUGCAUCAGAAGAUGUGUGCUCCUCUGAGUGGAAAGCGUUUGUGAAAAAGCCCAGAGCCAGGGCAGUCAGCUCUAAUUUGAGCAGCCUCUGUCCAAAGCGGGACAUCAAGAGGCCUCUCCAUCCCUCGUGAACCCGGUGAAGGGGAACUCUCACGGAUUUCUCGAGUGUGGAGGCCAGAGAGGCAGGGAGAAGCAUGGACUCGCCCGCCUGCGUUUUGGAGCUGCUGGGGAUGCUGGUCUACAUCGGGGGAUGGCUCUGCGCUCUGGCCAGCACCAUCCUGCCGCAGUGGCUGACCAUGUCCACGUCUCUGCUGCCGAUAGAGAGCUACGAUUUGGGACUGUGGGAGACCUGCGUGGUCCAGGACAUCGGUGGCACGGAGUGCAGAUCCUAUGACAGCCUGCUGGGCCUCUCUAGACACCUUAAACUGGCCCGUAUCCUGAUGUGCACUGCCGUUGCCAUGGCCUUGCUGGGAAUCCUGGUGGCCAUACCAGGGCUUCACCUGAUCAACAACUGCAAGAACUACAACGGCCAUAACUCCAAGAUGGCUCUAAAAAUCACAGGAGGGGUUCUGGGGAUGAUGUCCGGGGUGCUCUGUCUGGUCCCCGUGUCUUACAUCGCCAAUUUGGCGGUGAUGCAUUUCUUUGAUGAGACGGUGCCAGAGGUGGUGCCUCGCUGGGAGUUUGGGGACGCAUUGUUCAUCGGUUGGGCUGCGGGAUUCCUCCUGUUUGUGGCUGGGCUGAUCAUGGUGUCCUCCAGCCUUUGCUUCCUGGUGGAGCAUCAGCCUGAACCACACCACCAGGUGAUGAGCUUUGACCGUAAGCUCAGAAAGCACUUGGAGUACGUUUAAUGAACAGAUCAGCAGGAUCACCACUAGAGCUGCACUUCAAAUUGCUUUGCACCGAUCAUGUAAAUUAUUUAUAUCUGAAUAUAUAUAUAUAUUAAAUGCAAGUACAGUGUACAACGGCAAUUUUGUUAUUGUAAUCUUUCAAAAUUACUCACAUAAAACAAUCAGAUGUUGCAUUACAAGAUGACCUGCUGUGAUUACGACAAGAGAAUACUACUGUAAAGGGAGGUUUUAUAAAAUUCACCACUUGUUUACCAUUUCCAAAAUUAAAAAUAAAUUAUUAAAAGCUUUUAUUAAGCCUGCUUUUAA